AUGCCGGACCAACUCAAGGCUAGCGAGGUCAACUCCAAGACCGACCCCUCGGUCGCGAAGCAGUAUGACGACGAGACGCCCAAGGAUCAGCAGAUCAAACAAUUCUUUGAAAUGGUAGAUGGCAAGAAGAUUUGCAUGCUGAACACAUACCGCAAUGGUGUCGGCCCUGUUGGUCGCUCCAUGGCUCUCGCCCGCCGCGACGGUCCCGACUUCCUGUUCCUCUCCAACGCACACUCGCAAAAGUUCAACGACCUGGACCAAAAUAAGGAGGUCCAGAUCUCCUUCCAAGACCUUAAGACUCAGGAAUGGGCUUCUAUCACCGGCACUGCCACAACAACAGACAACAGCGACCCUCGCAUCAAGGAGGUAUGGAGCCGCGGAGCUGCCGCAUGGUUUGGUGACCUCGGUGACGGAAAGCACACUGGCGGGCCUGAGGAUCCUCGCAUGACGUUGAUUGAGAUCAAGAGCAAGUACGUAUCGUACUAUGUGACAGAAGUCGGCCUUUUGGGUUAUGCAAAGGAGAUUAUUGCUGCGAACGUUACAGGUGGGGUCGCAAAUACAGGCAAGCUUAGGGAGCUCAAGGAGGCGGAUUUGGAAAAGGCACGGUCCAUGUAA